CGGAUCACAUUUGGCGAGGUGAAAUCAACCACUGGAACCCUGCUGUACAAGUCUCCGCCAUCGCCCAAAACGCAGAAAUCAUUUUUCCACAAGCAGGCCCCCCAACUUCUCAGCCACCUUCUGGCAAGCCGGAAACAUGGCUGACGUUUACACCUGGCUGUCAGCCAUUGACCCGUCCACCGACCCCACGGCGUUUGGGCGCGACAGCGAUGGCCACUGCCACGAGCCGAACAAUCUGUAUUCUCUCUACAACUGGGAGUUGGGAUUUCACGCCCCGAUGCUGCUGGCCGACCGGCUGCUCAAGUCGCAGAAAUACGACGAGGCGCUCCAGGUGUGCCGCUUUGUCUUCAACCCGCUCGGCACAGGCGUCGAAACCGGAAGCCAAGAUCGACGACCGGCUGUUCAAAGAUCCGGCCCUCGCAGGACAUCAACGGCAUCUUCCGGCAGCUACCGCUCUUUGAGCCGCCGAUCGACUCGUUGAUGCCGGUGCAGGCACCAGCGACCAGUUCAGCGUUCUGCAG